AUGUUCCAAAAAUAUCGAUUACCAUGUGUCUUAUUGAUCUGUUUGGCACUAAAAAUAUCAACGGCUUCAGCGGGAUUUCUAGGAGGACUGCAAUCGAUUUCAGUUGAGGAUUCAAGUGUAAAAUCAGCCGCUCAAACCGUCAUGGAGAAAAUAAAUCGACAUAAUGAACGCGAAAGAGGAUUAAUUUUAGUCGAAAUUGAAGAAGCUAAGUAUCAAGUCGUAUCAGGAAUUAAAUAUGUCCUUCAUUUAAAAAUCGGGGAGACCAAUUGUCCAAAAGGUCAGGUUGUUAAAAAGUGUAAAUUAGACGAAAGUCGUCCGCUUCUAGCUUGCGGUGCUGAAAUUUUAGAUCAACCUUGGUUACACAGCACGAAGAUUAAUCAUCACUGUGAAGAGUACUAUAUAUAG